GCCCAGCCCAGGAGAACAGAGCAGUGAAAGUGUAUAUCUAGGCGUUGAACUCACCUGCAACUCUCAGUAGGACUUCGGCGACGGUGCAAUUGAGUCGCAGUCUUUUGGAUUCCUUUCACAAGUUGCCAGCCAUAAAAGUGCAGUGAAUCAAGAUGUCUGGAUCCGAGAAGGAAAAGGGACAGAGCAAUCCUGCUUUUGUCGCCGAUGAAGGAAACCAAGAGAAAGCGGGCCCACCUGCAUCAGGAAACUUGCCGGCCAAGACACUGACGAAGGAGGAGAAGAUGGAAAAAUACCGGAUGCUGAAGAACGUGUUCGUCAUCUCGUUCGCUUUCAUGUUCCUCUUCACCAGUUUCAACUCCAUGGCCAACCUGCAGUCUUCUAUCAAUAAGGUCCAGGGUACCACAGCCCUAUCGACGCUCUACGCGGCGCUGGUGGUCUCCUGCGCUUUCGUCCCCACCUGGAUGAUCAAGAAAUUCAAGGCCAAAUGGACGCUGGCCGUGUCCAUGUUGGGCUACUCGACGUACAUAGCGGCCCAGUUCUAUCCGAGGGCCUGGACGCUAGUUCCUACCUCCAUUAUCCUUGGCCUUGGCGCCGCUCCCAUGUGGUCCGCCAAGUGCACCUACUUGACGCAGGUCGGAACCAAAUAUGCAGAAUUAGUGGGCGAAAACGCCGAGGUUGUCAUUGUUCGAUUUUUCGGAAUCUUCUUCUUGUUCUUCCAGUCGACCCAGGUUUGGGGGAACCUCAUCUCAUCCAUCCUAGAGGAUUAUUUAUUAUUCUGUUUGGCAGUGCUGUCUCACGGCGUUGAGGAGCGGGACGAGAUUAACGAAGAGGCCUUGUUGUCCUGCGGAGUCAACUACUGUCCUCAUAAGGAAGCGGCCAGUAAUACUACCAAUCUGGACGCACCUCCCCUCUCCAAGAUCUACACGAUGGCCUCCAUCUACCUCGUCUGCGCACUGCUCUCCUCCGUGAUCAUUGCAUUUUUCGUGGAUCCUCUUACGAAGUACGGCGAAGAUGAGCGAGAAGGUUCCUCCACGGGCAAAAGUGGUUGGGAACUUUUGGUUGCCACUUUCAACCACAUGCGCCACCCUUACCAGCUCCUGAUCAUUCCUCUGACUGUGUGGUCAGGCGUUGAACAAGCCUUCAUUGGAGCCGAUUACACUGCUGCUUACGUAUCCUGUGGCCUAGGAGUCCACAUGGUCGGGUACGUCAUGAUCUGCUACGGAGUGUGCGACGCCAUCUGCUCUGUCAGCUUCAGUCCUCUGGUGAAGAUCAUCGGACGCGUGCCCAUCUUCACCAUGGGCGCCAUAAUUAACCUCUGCAUCAUCAUCGCCCUUCGCUAUUGGGUUCCUCACCCAGAUGAUAUCGUCGUGUUCUUCAUCGUGGCUGCCCUGUGGGGCGUCUCUGAUGCCGUGUGGCAGACGCAGAUCAAUGCUCUGUACGGGGUCAUCUUCCCGGGCGAAUCGGAGGCUGCCUUUAGCAAUUACCGCCUCUGGGAGUCCUUCGGCUUCAUCUUCGCCUACGUCGGCAGCACGACCACCUGCGUCAGCACCAAGACCUCCAACCUGAUCGUCUCCCUCGUCUUCGGCAUCGCUGGGUACUACGCCAUCGAGAUCAUGGAACGCUACGGCCUCUUGAAGAAGGACAGGGAGGGGCAGGUCGUGCCCGUGGACCAGCUCGUUAGCGACGCCGUCCAGGCUAGAAAGAGCUCGUGAGGAGGAAGGACGACUCCUCAGAUUCAGGAAUGUCCUCGUUCGGUUCCUGGGUAGAGGAGAAUAGGUCCUCCUAUUCUGUUCUCUUUAUAUUCGCGCUUGAGCUAUUGCUGGAAUGAAGCCUAGACCGAGGUCAAGUUACCUUGGCCUAGACUAUGGUGAGACGCUGACACGCCCAGGCGCCUAGGCUACGUAAAGACAUUCUGGCGGCUUUCUUUAUUGGCCUUUGCGUUGUAGAAGACUGCAAUGGCCAGUAAUGCAAUCUGUUCGAUUCUUGGAGCAUUCGUAGUGAAAAUGAAUUCUCCAGCAGCUAUGACUGAUCAAUUAAUCAUAAUUCGCGUUUUCAAAUUUCUGUGCAAUAAUGAUUCUAGUGAAUUCGCACUACACGUGUGACAUUUUAUUUCACAUUAUAAACAUGAAUCACCAUAUCCGGAUAGAAAGGGAUCAUAAUUUAUAUAAAUGCAUCACUGAUCUGAAACCCUACUGCAGUCACUGAAUAAACAUCAUACACCUACACCUGAGCCUGUUUGGAUACAUCAUGCGUAGGUUUCAUUGUUCCUAGGUUUAAUUAACUCAUUGUAAUUAUAGUUCAUUUUCCCUGAGCUGAAACAGAUGCAUUAUCGUGGAAAACCCUUGAUAGGUUUAUUUUUUACAUAGUAUGUAUAUUUUUUUGUUGAGCCUUAUUGAAUUUUAUACAUAUGCAUCAUUGUGUUGAUUAGUUUGUUACAGACACUUAUCUCUACGUCUGAGCCGUGAUGAUUUUUAUACAUAUGUAUUAUGCGUGUGAGUUUUGGCGAAUUUAUUAUGCAUAUUUAUCAAUGUGUGUGUGAGCCUGAGUGGUUUUGCUAUACAUAUGUAUAACAGCGAGUGCUGACGUGAUUAUCAUACAUAUGUAUUAUGACAUCUAAAUAUAUGCGGCGAACAGUGAAUUUCUAAUAAGACAUCACGUGUCUUAAAAACUUAGAAGAUUAAAUAAAUUGAAAUUUUACCGUGAAGGAAUUAGUUCAAGAAUUCUUGAUGAGAAACAAGGAUUCCUAAUUCUGAUGACAAACUUCCCAAUUUUCUGCAGAUUUUAAAAUUCCGAAUAUGAUACCACUGCAUAUGCCAGCAUUCCCAAAUUAUUACCUACCUGUUUCCAAAUGAACUAAGAUUCCAGCAUCCAGAAUUCACCAAUAGCCCUACGAAUGUAGAAUUCCUGGUUUCAAAUCAACCUAUAGAAUUCCACAUCUCGAAUUACUAUUAAAACCACCAUUCCAAAUUUACCUCUGGAGCCCAACAUUCCCAGUGAACGGAGAGACUUCAAGCAUUCCAAAUUUACCUCUGGACCUCAACAGAGAACGGAGGGACUUCAAGCAUUCCAAAUUUACCUCUGGACCCCAACAUUCCAAGAGAACGGAGGGACUUCAAGCAUUCCAAGUUUACUUCUGGACCCCAACAUUCCAAGUGAAGGGAGAGACUUCAACAUUCCAAAUUGACCUUAAAACUCGUUGUUGAUCAAUAUUAUUUAUUAAUCUUGUUAUUUUUGGUUAAGGCUACGUGCAUGCGCGCUUCUUUGUGAGUGAAUGAGUGUUUUCGUGCAGAAGCAGUGAGGAACUGCGUGAGGGGAAGUUUGUUUUAUGACUUCGAUCUUCCGCCAAGACAUUAGUCCUUGUUUUAUAGAUCAUACUAUUCCGAUGAUUUAUAUUUGGUCAAAAUAAGAAAUGGUUUCAAAAUAUUAUAAUAUACCAUGACGCUAAAAAAUUACGAGGAGAAAAUCAUCACACAAUGAUCAUUUUUCACCUUCAAAACUGAAGAUUAUUUAUGCUUAUUUAUGAAAUUUUAACAUAGCCAGUUAAUGAAACUCCUUAUUUUCAAAAUGGGUUUAUAUUCCACUCAAAUUGGGCACAAAUUUUUGCAGACCAAAAUUCACAUAUCAAUUUUUUUUCCUCUAAAUAUUUCAAUAUUUCUGCUGAAAAUCUCUGUCUGAAUAUAAGGACUCAGUCGCUUGGGUUCGAAGUAAAAAAUUUUCGAAAGAUAUUUUACUUUUUCACUAUAUGACACAGUAAGAUUCCUCCCUUCAGACAACCGAAGAAUCUCAAAUUGAUCCGCCCGGCAUAUUCUUAUUUACUAUAUUUCUUUUUUUCCUUUCUCUGCCCAGCCAAAUCUAAAUAUGUCGCACAUUUGGGCCACUGGCUUUGUUCUGUCCCUUCCCGGGUGAACGUAAUUUUUGAGAGACUGGGCAUAUGAACAUUUCUCUGCGUUGAAUCAACUCAGACAGGGGAAGACAGAACUGAUUCAGUAGAUAAUAUGAAUAUAAAUCACUUUCUUUCUUUUCCUCCAUUUCAUCUAAUGUCCUGUCAUCCUGAUGUCCACUGGUUCAAACCGUAGGGGGUUAGUGCCAUCAGUGAACCUCAUGCGGUGCACUGUAGGCAUUAAUUAAGGUUCUUUGCAGAAUGCCUUCGGCCCCUGACUUCAACCCCCUUUCGUUUCUUUUACUAUACCUCCUUUCAUAUUCUCUUUCUUCCAUCUUACUGUCCACCCUCUCCUGACAAUUGAUUCAUUGUGCAACUGUUUUGAGGUUUUCCUCCUGUUACACCUUUCAGAUCUUUUACUGUCAAUUUCCGUUUCAGCGCUGAAUGACCUCAUAGAGCCCCAGUGUUUGGCCUUUGGCCUAAAUUCUAUAUUCAACUCAGUUCAGUCUACUGGUUCGUUUUAGUCCGAAUCAACUGAAUUCUACAAAAAAAAAAUCUUCAUAGAAUUUCCCGUCUGUUUUAUGACAGAUUUUAACGUUCUCGUUCGAGGAAACCUCUGCUCUUCAUCUUCCUUGUCACGUUCUGUCUUCGUUGGAUCUGGGCAGGAUCAGGAUUCUAGGUUGCCAGUCAGUUAUGUCCCUGUGUGUGAAAUUCUAAAAACUUCAUAAUCGACCUGCGGAAGAACUGGUGGUAAAACAAACACUUCCCUGUGCUUUCUUCUGAACACUUUUUUUUUUCGUGUCUGUGUGAUCUUCAUUUGUUUUGAGUGUCUUCUUAUUUCGUAACCAUUUGCCGCCGCACCAGAUGAGCAGGCAUUACUCAUAAAAUCAGCCGAAAGAAACGAGCUGGUUCGCUGAUGUUCAAACCAAGUAUAAGCAAAAUUCCUGUAUGUAAAUAUACGAUUAUCGUGAACCUAUUCGCCGUGAAAUUAAAGGAAACAGUCUUUGUAAUAAUGUGUAAAUACGUCUUGUUCCUCCCUUCUGUUAAAUGUGAUGUAAAAGGGUUUUCUGUAAUGACGUCCUAUUGUAUAAAGUACUUAUGAUUUAAUAAGAAAGUCACUGUGAAGUUGUUCCACGUGAAAUGGAACACUGAUAUUGUAAUUUGCCUGUAAAUGUUUGUAAAUGCUUUCAGUAAAAAUGUCGAAUAAAAA